AUGUCGACCGAGUAUGACGAGAAGACCAAGGCCACUGAGUCGGCCUUGCCCGCGGAGGAUCACCAGGGCGAGUUGAUCAACGCGUCGGGCCAUGUCCAGGAACUCGAGCGCAACUUCUCGCUUCUCAGCAUUUGCGCGGUGGCUGUGACGACCGGAAACACCUGGAUCGCCCAGGGUGGUAGUGUCGUGACGGCAUUGAACAACGGUGGUCUCGCCGUGGUGUCUAUCACUGGGCUUCGGUUACUGCUGGCAAGUAUGGUCGCGCCUGCGGCUUUCUUCGCCGGCUGGUGGAACUGCCUGGCCUGGAUUCUCGGCGCGGCCUCCAUGUCCCUGAUCAUGGCCCAGCAGACCGUGUCCAUGUACGCAUUGAUGCAUCCCGGUUUCGUUCCGGAAACCUGGCACGUCUUCGUCAGCAUGCUUAUCUCCACUUGGGUUUGCUGCGCCAUCGUGCUGUUCAUGAACCGCUUCCUGCCUUUCAUCGGAAAUAUCGGCAUGUUCUUCAUCCUGUCUGGUGUCUUCAUCACCAUCAUUGUCUGCGCGGUGAUGCCCCAUGUCAACGGUGUGGGAUAUGCUUCCAACAAAGAUAUCUGGGGGUCCUGGAGCAACGGAACCGGCUACAAACAGCAGGGCUUCGUCUUUGUGAUGGGCAUGCUCAAUGGUGCCUACAGUGUCGGCACCCCUGACUGCUCCUCCCACUUGGCAGAGGAGAUCCCCAAGCCGAGCCGCAACAUCCCGAAGGCUGUGCUUGCGCAGAUGGCGGUCGGGUUCCUCACCGGUAUUCUCUACAUGAUUGCGAUCUUCUACUCCAUCCAGGAUAUCGAAAAGGUGGUGUUUAGUACCUACAAGUUCCCACUGGCGGAGAUCUACCACCAGGCGACCGGCUCCCGUGGGGGUGCUCUGGGCCUCCUGAUCAUUGCCUUCCUGCCCACGCUGGUCACCGCGGCUGGCUGCUACAUCACCGCCGGUCGCACCCUGUGGACCAUCUCUCGCGACCGUGCCACUCCGUUCCCCAAUUGGCUCGGCCACAUCAACACCACCUUCCACAACCCUUUCAACGCGACCCUAACCUGCGGUGGGGCCAUUACCGUUCUGGCCUGUAUCUACCUCGGAUCAUCCACCGCUUUCAAUGCCUUCGUAGGCUGCUUCGUCCAGUUGUCCUCUCUUUCGUAUUUCAUGGCCAUCUGCCCCCACAUCCUGACCCGCCGCUCCUCGUUCGUUCCGGGCUUCUUCUUCAUGAACAACAAGAUCGGCUACGUCGUCAACUCCCUCUCUUGCGUCUACAUCAUCGCCUUCGUCAUCAUCUUCUGCUUCCCCUACGCCCUGCCUGCUGAGGCGGCCACAAUGAACUACGCCAGUCUGAUGACCGGUGGUCUGACCAUCUUUGUCACGAUCUGGUGGUUCAUCCGCCAGGGUUCAUACGAGGGUCCCAAACACAUCCCUCUGACUGACAAGGCUCUUGCCGAGAACGUUCAGUAA